UGUACGUCGUCACGCAUCGACAUGACAAGAUGGCGGCGUGCUGAAAACCUCAUGCUUUUAUUUUAAAGUGUUUUCAUUUCUGUAUUACUUUACUAACACGCUUUAUAAUAAUCGACAAUGUCUAGAUUAAUAGUGAAGAAUCUCCCGAACGGGAUGAAGGAGGAGCGGUUUCGUGGGUUGUUCGCUGCCUUUGGUAGCCUGACCGAUUGCUCCCUGAAGUUUACAAAAGAGGGAAAGUUCCGCAAGUUCGGAUUUGUAGGCUUCAAAUCAGAAGAGGAGGCAGAAAGGGCACUUAAACACUUUAACAAGAGCUUUGUGGACACCUCCAGGGUGACGGUGGAAUGGUGCAAGUCUUUUGGGGAUCCUACCAAGGCUAGGGCUUGGAGCAAACACACCCACCCACCCCCAGCCAACAACAAGGAGCAUGAGGAGAAACAGAAGAAUAAGAAAAAGAAAAAGCAAGAAAUUGUAACUGUUGUUGGAGAGCUAGAGCAGGACCAGGGCUUUCAGGAGUUCCUUGCUGUACACCAGAAACGAGCCCAAGGCCCCACAUGGACCAAUGACAGCUUACCAAAGCUGGCUGAUACCAGCACUGCAAGUCAGGAGAAGAAAAUAUCCAAAGCUGCUAAAGAUGACUACCUCAACUUUGACUCCAGUGAAUCUGAUCUUAGCCAAGAUGAAGACCAAGAGGAUGAAGCGAUUCAAAAUUCUGCCACAGAUGCCCUGAAGACUGGGCUUUCUGACAUGGAGUAUCUGCGCUCUAAGGUGGCGACCGUGCAUGAGGAUGAGCUUGAGCGUGAUGAUGGGGACGUGGGGGGGUCUGCUGUCAGCCAUUGCACUGACAGUGCUUAUGAAAGUGGCAACAGAGAUACUGUUCACACCCACAAAGAGAAGGGGAGGCAUGGCAAGAUGGACAUAAAGCAAAUGAAGCCCGCUACGGAUUUUACAGUUAAGCUUCGUGGUGCUCCUUUCAAUGUCAAGGAGCAACAAGUGCGAGAGUUCAUGACUCCGCUGAAGCCUGUUGCCAUCCGUAUUGUGAGGAACAGCAAAGGCGACAUGACAGGCUAUGUGUAUGUGGACCUACGCUCACAGGAGGAGGUCACAAAGGCCCUUCUCAAGAACAAAGACUACAUGGGAGGGCGCUACAUUGAGGUGUUCUGCACCAGCUCCAGCAAGAAAGAGUCUCGGCCAGGGACUAUGCAUGCCCAGCAGCGCAACUUCCAGCGGGAGCUAAGGGAGGAUGAGGAAGAGGAAGAUGUGUCUGAGUCAGGCAGGCUUUUCAUCCGGAACCUGCCGUACACCUGCACUGAGCAGGAGCUGUCUGACAUCUUCACUAAGUAUGGUCCCCUGUCAGAGAUCCACUUCCCUAUUGACAGCCUGACCAAGAAACCCAAGGGUUUCGCCUUCGUCACCUACAUGAUUCCGGAGGAUGCCGUCCACGCCCUUGCCGAAAUGGAUGGCCAUGUUUUCCAGGGCCGCAUGCUACACAUCAUGCCUUCCACUAUGAAGAAGGAGAACCAGAAUUCAGGCCCCUUGGGUCCUGGCUCCUCCUCGUACAAAAACCAGAGGGAUGCCAAGCAAAAGGCAGCCAGUAGCAGCUCCCACAACUGGAACACGCUGUUUCUGGGCACUAGUGCAGUAGCAGAUGUCAUUGCUGAGAAGUACAACACAUCCAAAAGCCAAGUUCUCAAUCAUGAGUCUCAGGGCAGUCUGGCUGUGAGGAUGGCCCUGGGUGAGACGCAGAUCGUCCAGGAAACACGGCAGUUUCUACUGGAAAAUCAAAUCUGUCUGGACUCCUUCAGUCAGGCCUCGGGCUCCCGCAGUAAUACGGUCCUGCUUGUGAAGAACCUUCCGGCAGGGGUCCAGGCUGCUGAGCUGGAAGCCCUCUUCUCCCCUCAUGGCUCGCUUGGGCGUGUACUCCUGCCCCCAUCGGGACUCACUGCCAUCGUGGAGUUCCUGGAGCCUACAGAGGCUAAAAAGGCCUUUACCAGGCUAGCCUACACCAAGUUUCAGCAUGUUCCGCUGUAUUUGGAAUGGGCUCCCAUGGGGGUCUUCUCCGCACCUCCACCGGACAGGGCUGAGAGGCCUUCUGCGGAAACUGACCCAGUCCCUCCAUCUCAGGACCAAAGCCUAUCCCAAGAGGAGAGUAGUGAGGAUGAGGAGGAGAGUUUGCCAGGCUGCACACUCUUCAUUAAGAACCUGAACUUCCACACCAAAGAGGAGACCUUGGCGGAGGUCUUCUCCAAGUGUGGUCCUGUGAGGAGCUGUACCAUCUCCAAAAAGAAAGAUAAAACAGGUGUUCUGCUUUCCAUGGGUUAUGGCUUUGUUGAGUAUAAGACCCCCAAGGCAGCACAGAAGGCCCUGAGACAGCUUCAGCACUGCAUGGUGGAUGAGCAUCAGCUGGAGCUGAAGCUUUCCGAAAGGGUCAACAGGUCUGUCCCACCAAGCUCCCAAAAGAAGCAGGCGGCCAAAAAGCAGACCAGCUCCAAGAUCCUGGUCCGGAACAUCCCCUUCCAGGCCACAGCUAAGGAGCUGCGAGAGCUCUUCGGGACUUUUGGGGAGCUUAAGACUGUCAGGCUGCCCAAGAAAAUGAGUGGGACGGGAUCGCACCGCGGCUUUGGCUUUGUGGACUUCCUCACCAAGCAGGAUGCCAAGAAAGCCUUCACCACGCUUUGUCACAGCACACACUUGUAUGGCCGCCGUCUGGUGCUGGAGUGGGCCGACACCGAGGAGACACUGGAGGCACUGCGCAGGAAGACUGCCCAGCACUUCCACGACAUGCCGAAGAAGAUGAAGAAGUCUGAGGUGAUGACUGGGGUGCUGGAAAGCCUAGAGGGAGAGGAGGAAGCCAGUGAAUGAGGGCCCUGGAGAUUUGACACCUCUGGGUGGCUGGGGGCUCGGACUGCUCUGCGAGCAACACAAGGCUGGUACUUUGCACUCUGAUUGGUGACUGCAGAUCGCAGAUUGGUGUAUUUUUCAGUCUACAGAGAACCUGCAUGGGGGGGGGGAUCUCCAUUAAGUGACAGAGUGUUUUGUCAUCGAAACUAUUAUAUCUGAACCUGAUUUUUAAAAAAUAAUAAUUUGAUGCAUUUGGAAUGAACAUGCACACACGCUUCCUCAUCCAGGAACCUGAUCCUUCUUCAGAGUUUUUUUUUUUAAUUUAACAGUUUCUCAAUAUAUUUUCCCUAGUUUUUGGAGUCAUGCUCUGUAUUCAGGAAAACAGAUGGUCCUCUGAUUAAAAGGGCAUUGGGGUAACAAUUGUCCUCCACUCAUGAUACUUUCUGUUAUUUUACUGUUUUAUUUUUCGCAGUAUAACAUGCACUAUAGAAAUAUGAAGCCUCAGUCAUCAAUCACUGCUGCAGUAGGCUUGUUCAAACAAAACAAAAAUAUAUUUUGGAAAUUUAAUCUUAUUUAAGAUGAUUAAGUGUUGGAAUAAGUAGUUGCUUAUUACAUGUUUACAUUAAUAAAGUGUGACAAGUCCACUGUAAGAUUGUGCUCUAGAUUCAAAUGGAAAUUUCUGUAGUCCCUUGUUUAUACUCUACAGUCUAGUUCAUCAUGCUAUAACAUGGAAACUCCGUACUUCAACAACAGAACAACAUGAUACGCCCAUUGUGUAUUGUCAAAAUGUUCUUUUUUUUUUUUUUACAAAUAAGUUUGGCAUGAUUUAAUUUUUUCAAUUUUAAUAAAAGUUUGUUGUUUCAGUUUUUCCCAAAUGCUUAAAACAUUUCCUGAAACAAUAUGUCAUUUUCUCAAUGCUAAGCACAAACCCAAAAUUACAUAAUGGUUUACACAAACCCCACACAUCAGAAAAAAAAUGAGAUACCUUACACACAUCAACUUCCAUGUAAAUCACAGUGUGCCUUCAGGGUGGCACAUACCAUCCAACGAAUCUAUGGGCAUCCCAUAGUACCUCUUACACAAUGAAAAGAUUGGUUGAGAACACCACAAUAAAAAGUUCUUAUUGCAAUAUA